AGCGUCCCAAAUCCAUAGACCCUGCGCUCUUUCUCUUAUAGUAAAGGCAAUUGAACGUCACUUCCUAUUUCAUUCAUUCAAUAUGGCAAAGGCUUUCAGUGUCCAGGCGACUAUUGCGUCGUUCGGGGGGAAUUUAUUGAAACUUGAGCACAAUGCGACGUCGACAGGCUCGACAAUGAAGUUGAACCUCUUCUUGCCCGCUCAAGCCGAGAAGGGGAAAGUACCCGUCAUCUUUUAUCUGGCAGGCCUGACAUGUACUGGGGACAACGGGGCGGAGAAGGGCUUCUUCCAGGCGACUGCCAGCAAGCACGGAAUCGCCAUUGUAUACCCUGAUACAAGUCCAAGGGGUCUCGGUGUUCAAGGCGAAGAUGAGUCCUGGGACUUUGGCACGGGUGCAGGAUUCUACCUCGACGCGACGAAAGGGUCGUACGCGGCGGGGUACAAGAUGAGUUCCUAUAUCACAAAAGAGCUUCCAGUAGCUCUAUACGGACAGUUUGAGAACCUAGAUAGCUCCCGAGUGAGCAUUAUGGGCCACUCAAUGGGUGGCCACGGAGCCUUAACUCUGUUUUUGAGGAACCCGGGGAUGUAUAAGAGCGUCAGCGCUUUCGCGCCAAUCUCCAACCCGAAGAACUGUCCUUGGGGACAGAAGGCUUUUGGGGGUUACUUGAAGAGUGAGGAGGAAUAUGAUGAAUGGGAUGCAACGGAGCUUAUUAAGAAAUGGGGAGGUGACUUCGAGGCACUGAUUGAUGUAGGCGAUGCCGAUAACUUUUACAACCAUGGCCAGUUGCUGCCUGAGAACUUCAUAGAGGCUGCAAAGUCCAAGGGCAAAGCCGACAAGAUCAAUUUAAGGAUGCAGAAGGGCUACGAUCACAGCUACUUCUUCAUCUCCACUUUCUCCGAAGACCACAUCAACUACCAUGCCAAACGCCUAUUGUAGAAGGUCUUGAUUUGUAUUCAGAUUACACAUUCCCCGUCUCUCAAAGUAGUGAUAGGGCCAACACGAAUGACUAGAGCUUAGCACUAGAGCCAGCAUGCACCACGCAAAUACAGUAUAUGUGAAC